UGGCUGAGCUCCAGCAGCAGCAGCGGACAUGGAGAGCCUCUACAAGCGGAAAAUGUUCGCCUCCAUGAGGAAGACCAAGGUGGCCGCCUCCAAGAAGCGCCAGAUCGGCCUUCCCGCCUCCAUCCUGGACGACAGCGAUGAAGGCUCGUUCUCCUCCUCCUCCUCCGGGUCCCAGUCGGACUUCCAGAGCUCCCCGGAGGAGGACAGCGAGCAGGCGGACCGGGACUGGAGCGAGUCCGGCGGGAGCUCCAGCGACGACAGCCGCUCGGUGAGCCGCAGGAAGCGCUCCUUCCUGGGGGGCGAUGACAGCUCCUCUUCCUCCAGCCCCGGCGGAGAGGACGAUGAAGAGGAGGAGGCCCGGAGCCAGCCGAAGAGGAGCAGCCAGCCGCGGAAGAGGAGCCGGCUGCAGAGGCAGGAGGAGUCGGACUCGGAGCAGACGGAGGAGAAGCGGAAGGAGGAGGCGGAGAAGGAGAAGCGGAGGCAGCGGCACAACAAGCUGCUGGCGCUGUCCCGGAGGAUGAAGGCCCGCGUGCCCAACAGGAGGCGGAACCGGGUCAAGCAGGGCUCUGACGACGAGGACGAGUCCAAAGACGGCGAGGACAAAAAUGGUGGAGACAAGAACGGCAGGGAAAAGAACGGCGGGGACAGACAUGGAGACGAGGCGGAGCAGAAGGGUGGAGAUGAGGGGACGAAGGACGAAGAGGAGGAGGAGGAGGAAGAGGAGGAGGACAAAGAGGAUGAGAAGGAGUAGCCGGUCCCGGGUCCGAACGUCGGAACCAAAAACUCAAACUGUCGCUUUCUUCUUCUCUGUUUUUCCUCCUGCAGUCGACGAGCCGGACCUUCACGACGGUUGCUAUGGAAACGGACCCAGACAGGAAGAGGAUGUUGAACGAGUCGGUUCUGAUGAAGAUCUGAUCGGAACAGGACCGAUCUGGGUCGGAGGGCGGAGCAGCUCAGCGGCGGAGCUUCAUCGCCGUGACUACACUUCCCAUGAUGCUUUGCGUGACAGAGUCCCGGCCUCCAGGGGAUGGACCGGGACUCCAGAACCGUUUCGGGGUUCUGACCCGUUUAGGAAAUGCUCUCCAGGCUUUUUGGACUCAUUUGAUCCAGAAUCGCAGAACCGGACCUGGUUCCAGACCAGGAACCAGAACCAGACCUGGUUCUGUCUGACCGGGUCAUGUGUACAUAAACCCGACUUCCUGUUCCUUUAAUCAAACUGCAGCUCUGAAGGUUUCUGUCUCGGUUCUGUUGAAACCAUAUUUUAGCCCGGUCCAGUUCUGCAGAACCUCGGUACCAGUAUUUUGACCGAUCUGAAUUCAGUUUUUAUUUGCAGAAGGUUUUCCAGCCCUCUGAGGUCAAGAGGUCAUGACCCCAGAGAUGUUCCGACAGAUUAAUUUCUGCGUUUAGCUAGCGACUUCCUGGUUGGAGCUCUCAUCCAAUCAGGAUGCAUUGUUUAAAGUGGGAGGAGUUAAAAUAUGAAUUAAUGAAUCGUUGAUGACAUCACAGAAGGUUUGAGCCUCAGCUGGCGGCUCAGUCAGCUACAUGAACAGAUGUUUAUAACCAGCUAACCUGAGUUUUUAUGAUUAGUCAGCAUUUAUCAGCAUCCUGUGACCUUUAACCCUGAAGCCUCCUCAUCAUCACCGGCACUGUGAAGGUAUCACUUCCCAUUCUUAGGGUUUCUACAAACAUAAUUAUGGAAACAUUACUUCAGUUCACUCAUGGGUUGCAGUGUUGCCCCCUGCAGGCCAGAUGGUGUUGCCCCCUGCAGGCCAGAUGGUGUUGCCCCCUGCAGGGUGGGCGGUGUUGCCCCCUGCAGGACGGGCGGUGUUGCCCCCUGCAGGGCAGGCUGUAUUGCCCCCUGCAGGGUGGCAGUGUUGCCCCCUGCAGGGCAGGCGGUAUUGCCCCCUGCAGGCUGGGCGGCGUUGCCCCCUGCAGGGCAGGGGGUAUUGCCCCCUGCAGGGCAGGCGGUAUUGCCCCCUGCAGGACGGGCGGUAUUGCCCCCUGCAGGGUGGCAGUGUUGCCCCCUGCAGGGCAGGCGGUAUUGCCCCCUGCAGGACGGGCGGUAUUGCCCCCUGCAGGCUGGGUGGUGUUGCCCCCUGCAGGCUGGGCGGUGUUGCCCCCUGCAGGCUGGGCGGUGUUGCCCCCUGCAGGGCAGGCGGGCGGUGUUGCCCCCUGCAGGGCGGGCGGGGUUGCCCCCUGCAGGACGGGCGGUGUUGCCCCCUGCAGGGCAGGCUGUAUUGCCCCCUGCAGGGUGGCAGUGUUGCCCCCUGCAGGGCAGGCAGUAUUGCCCCCUGCAGGCUGGGCGGCGUUGCCCCCUGCAGGCUGGGCGGUAUUGCCCCCUGCAGGACGGGCGGGAUUGCCCCCUGCAGGCUGGGCGGUAUUGCCCCCUGCAGGACGGGCGGUGUUGCCCCCUGCAGGGCAGGCUGUAUUGCCCCCUGCAGGGUGGCAGUGUUGCCCCCUGCAGGGCAGGCAGUAUUGCCCCCUGCAGGCUGGGCGGCGUUGCCCCCUGCAGGCUGGGCGGUAUUGCCCCCUGCAGGACGGGCGGGAUUGCCCCCUGCAGGGCAGGCGGUAUUGCCCCCUGCAGGCUGGGCGGCGUUGCCCCCUGCAGGGCAGGCGGUAUUGCCCCCUGCAGGCUGGGCGGUAUUGCCCCCUGCAGGACGGGCGGGAUUGCCCCCUGCAGGGCAGGCGGUAUUGCCCCCUGCAGGCUGGGCGGUAUUGCCCCCUGCAGGCUGGGCGGCGUUGCCCCCUGCAGGACGGGCGGCGUUGCCCCCUGCAGGCUGGGCGGUGUUGCCCCCUGCAGGCUGGGCGGUGUUGCCCCCUGCAGGGUGGCAGUGUUGCCCCCUGCAGGGCAGGCAGUAUUGCCCCCUGCAGGCUGGGCGGCGUUGCCCCCUGCAGGGCAGGCGGUAUUGCCCCCUGCAGGCUGGGCGGCGUUGCCCCCUGCAGGACGGGCGGCGUUGCCCCCUGCAGGUUGGCGGUGUUGCCCCCUGCAGGACAGGCAGUGUUGCCCCCUGCAGGGUGGCGGUGUUGCCCCCUGCAGACUGGGCGGCGUUGCCCCCUGCAGACUGGGCGGUGUUGCCCCCUGCAGGCUGGGCGGCGCAUUGCAGUUUUAAACUCCCUCAUGUUUCUGUCGGCUGGAACCAUCUGAGAAAAACCUAAAGGUGGAAUGUGAAGAUCUUCUGUCGCGUUUUAAAGGUGGAAUAUAAAGUUUUAAACAUUUUAGUGAUUCUGCCUGCAGGACGUCGGAUCAGAUCCGAUCAGCUGCAGGAAGUAAAGAAGGAAUCUUUUAAAAAGAGCAAAACUGAGUCAUUUAAGGCAGAAUCCUAAAAGGACUUAAAGCAAAUGGGUCGGAUCCUGUUUGGUUCUGCUGCUUCUAACGCUUCUAAUUUCAUAUCAGCAUUAAUAACUAAUGUAAAUACAUCUGAAAUACACUCUGUACCGUUCUGUUGGUUUUUGCAGCGCUGCGUUUGUGAGCUCGUUUAAAAACUUUACAAAUCACGUCCCAUACUCCUCGAUUUUUCUUCUCAGUUUCUGAUGUUUCAGUUUGGAGAUUCAUCACAGCUGGGGUCCGUCUACGGAAGCUCUUAGGGACAAACUCACCGAAACAGUUUCUACGCAGGAUGUAAGCGAGUUUACGCUGGUUUUCAGUGUUUCUGUUGCUUAAUAAAAACGCUUCACACCGAA